UUUGGCCCGAAGGGUCUGCUUCCAUGCUGUACAUUUCUGACAUUCUGACUCUAUGACUGCACAGAGUGUGAAGAUAGACGAGUGAAGCUAUGGCCUGUGUCACUACCUACUGAUAACACAUUGCUCCUGACCAACCAAUCCCAACUGUUAUUUCACAGGGAUGGAAAACCUCUUUCUGUGCUGGUUGUUCUCGGUAUUUAAUCCCUGUCUGUUUGCAUGAGUGUAUCCCUUUCCACACAGACACAGCAGAUGAAUGGUUACCUUGCUGGUGUAGCUGCAGAUGAGUUGACUGAGUUAACCCCUUUAAGAGGGGAUAUGUGGAAGCAAACUCUGCACUGUCAGGAAAAACAGGAGUGAGACAAAGCCCUACAGAUCAAGGAAUUCGGAGGCAGUUCGGGAACUCACGGCACAGUAGAAAAGGUGCAUUUUGUUUGGUUUAUUGGCACAUCGUUUGGAAAUAAUUUUUCAACAGGACAUAUUGAAGCCUAGCACAACAGAGUGACAGCACACGCUCAUUGGUUGGUAAUAGCUGCUAAUGUGACCAAAAUAGAGACAUCGGAGCACCGAUGUGUUGUAUCUGCAAGAUGUGGGGGAUCCAUUCUGGUUCAAAAUGGGCACAUUUGCUGCUCGGUUGGUUUGGAAUAAUUGCUCUGAGUAUUGAGUGCAAAUCCUCGUGAGAUCGUUAAACUGAAUGUGUUCUUUCACAUCGAAACUAAAAGCAGGUGGAUUCAGGAAGUGCGGAGAGUGAACAUGGCAUCCGCACAGCAGCUCCUGAGACUGACCGAGGAGGUAAUUUGUCCCAUUUGUCUGGAUUUCUUCACCGAUCCGGUUACACUGGAUUGUGGGCACAACUUCUGCCGCUCCUGUAUCACCCAGAGUUGGGAAAAGAAGGAGAUAAACUCCUGCCCGGAAUGUAGAGAGGUGUUUCCGGAAAGAAACCUCAGGGUAAAUCGGGCCAUAGCGAAUCUGGCCGAGGAGGCUCGAAAAUUAAAGCUGUAUCCGAAAGAGAAGGAAAGUAAACCUCACUGUGAGAAACAUCAGAGAGAACUGAAGCUGUUUUGUGACACUGACAGGAAGUUGAUCUGUGUGAUGUGUGUCACUGCACCGGAACACAGAGAGCACCGCUUCAUACAGAUUCAAGAAGGAGUUAAAGUGUACAAGGCUAAACUGAAAUCUUCUUUAGAUUCUCUCACA